AUUGAGACUGAAACAAUUUGCUACACAAGUGUUAUUGAGUCACUUUGUCUUUGGUCAGAACAAUGGCUUGUAAUAAGCGCACCCCUUUUUUCUUGUUUUUGCUGAUAGCUUUACUAUCUAUAUUUGGAAACACGAUUCAAGCUGGAGCACGACGACUUUCGGAGACCUCGCCUGAGGUUCCGACACUAUCAAAGCCAGAGCUUCCACCAAAACCUGAAGUGCCUACAUUGCCUAAACUCGAGGUGCCAACGCUGCCAAAGCCUGAGCUUCCACCGAAACCUGAGUUGCCAACGAUGCCAAAGCUAGAGUUCCCACCAAAGCCUGAAUUGCCUAAGCCUGAGUUGCCUACUGUGCCAAAGUUCGAGGUGCCAACAUUACCAAAGCCAGAGCUUCCAGCAAAACCUGAAUUACCUAAGCCAGAGUUGCCCACAAUGCCAAAACUUGAGGUGUCAAAACCCGAGGUGGCAAAGUUACCUAAUCCAGAGCUCCCACCAGAACAUGAAUUGCCUAAGCCCGAGGAGCCCACGGUGCCAAAACCUGAGGUGCCAACAUUGCCAAAACCAGAGAUCCCACCAAAACCUGAGAUGCCAACCUUGCCAAAGCCAGAGCUUCCAACACUACCAAAGCCAGAGCUCCCAUCAAAACCCGAAUUGCCUAAGCCCGAGUUGCCCACGGUUCCAAAACCCGAGGUGCCAACAUUGCCAAAGCCAGAGCUCCCAGUUAAACCCGAAUUGUCUAACUCAGAGUUGCCUGCAAUGCCGAAACUUGAGGUGUCAAAACCCGAGGUGCCAACACUACCAAAGCCAGAGCUCCCACCAAUACCUGAGUUGCCUCCUUUGCCUAAGCCAGAGUUACCUACAUUACCAAAACCUGAGAUUCCAACAAUUCCAAAGCCUGAAAUGCCAACUUUGCCAAAACUUGAAGUACCUAAACAACCUGAGCUUCCUAAACCCACUCUGCCAGAAGUACCAAAAUCCCCAUAAACUACAAAUUUCUAUUAAGUAAUCAUAGUUGGAUUUCAUUCAAUUAUAUUGAUGAAUUUGUUUAGGAUUCAUCCCUUCAUCUUCUAGGAUGAUUUCAUCAUAUCAUGUCAUAGUCAUACUUGUGUUGUUGUUUUGUCAUUAUUUACUAUCUUGUAAUGGUUAUUCAUGAGUUACAGAUAGCCUACGUUUGAUUGUCAUUUAUACAUUUACGAUUUAUAUAUGCUUUUGUUUCAUUUAUUUCA